UGCGUUUUUACACAAAAGGAAACCGGCUUGCGGCCCACGCCCUCUGUUGCUCUCCCCAGAAGGCAGGCCCUUUAAACAUACAUAGACUAUAGGCUUCUGGUACGAUAACCCGUACGAUACCACAUACCACAAUGUCUUCCUCAGCAGACGUUGUCGUCUCCGAGGCCGGUGGCCACCACAUGACCGACGAUGAGAUCCGUCUGGCCAAGCUUGGCUACAAGCAAGGCUUGAAGCGCCAGUUCUCGGCUUUCCAGAACUUCGGUUUCGUUUUGACCAAUGCGUCCGUUCUUAUCGGUGUCGUGCCGUUGUUCUCCUUCGCCAUGGCGGUCGGUGGACCCGUGACCUUCACCUGGGGAUGGUUGUUGGUGUCCUCGUUCGUUAUGUGUGUCGGUCUGUCCAUGGCCGAGAUCUGCUCCACCUACCCCACCGCUGGAGGUCUUUACUACUGGACCGCCAAGCUUGGUGGGCCAAAGUGGGGACCCCUUUUCUCGUGGUUUGAGGCGUGGUUCAACGCUCUCGGCCAGGUCGCCGGCGCCUCCGGAUCCGUUCUCUCCGCCUCUCAGUUGAUGGCUGAGAUGAUUCGCAUUGGCUCUGGACGGGUGUUGGUUGAGAAGGAGAUCUUUGGUCUCUUCUGCGCCAUGGUCAUCAGUGGUGCGUUGGUUAACGUCAUUGGAGGCCUCGGUCUGAAAGCGACGAGUAUCGCCAGUGUGUACGUGCACAUUUUGGGUACUUUCAUCAUUGUGAUCGUCUUGUUGGUCACGUGCAAGGACAAGAACUCUGCAUCAUUCGUGUUCACCGAUUUUGAAGACCAAAUCGGCGCCACCCAGCACGGCUUUGCCCCCUUCUUCGUUUUCCUCCUUGGUCUCCUUCCCUCUCAGUGGUCUCUUCUCGGCUACGACUCCUCCGCUCACAUGUCCGAGGAGACUGAGGCCUCCUACGUCAACGGACCCCGCGGAAUCGUCUACACCAUCAUCGCCGCCGUCAUCAUGGGUUGGGGUUUGAUCUUGUCCAUGACCUUCGCCCUGGGAGACUACGCCACUGCGCAGGCCGAGACCUCAUUCUACGCGGCACCUACGGCAGCGUACGUGUUCACCCGUAACGCGGGCGACGCUGGCGGCAUGGUCUUGCUCUUCAUCGUCGUGUUUGCCGGCUGGUGCUGUGGAAUCGGCACCAUGGCUGCCAACUCCCGCAUGUUCUACGCCUUUGCUCGUGACAACGGUCUCCCCGCGUCCAAGUUCUGGACCAAACUGGACGCCAGGACCGGAAUGCCCAUCCGCCUUGUCUUCCUUUCCGCUACCUUCGUCAUCAUCCUCGCCAUCCCAUACAUGUUCUCCGCGGCCGCCUUGACGGCCGUCGCCGGUAUCUCCGUCAUCGGAUUCAUGGUCUCCUACUCGAUCCCCAUCUUCCUGCGGAUCACUGUCGGCGACAAGUACUUUGUCCAGUCCGAGUUCAACCUGGGGCGCUGGUCGUACCUGCUCGGCUGGAUCGGUGUCAUCUGGACCGCCAUCGCUUGUGUGCUGUUCAACUUCCCCCAGGCUUACCCCGCUGCUGCCGAGACCCUCAACUACACCCCUGUGGCGGUUGGAUUCCUGCUCUUGUACUCGGGAGGCACGUGGAUGCUGGGUGCCCGCAAGUGGUUCAAGGGUGGGUCUUCACGUCUUUCUGCCAGUGUUGGCUUUGCUGGUUCUAUGUUACCAGUGCGUCGUGUCUCACAGUAUCUCUGUUUUUGUGUCUCGUAGGUCCCAUCCCUGACAUCGGCAUGGAGCAGCAGGCUGAUGCCGACAACAAGACUAUCAACGCUGAGCACAUCGACCCAGCGCCAGCGUACGAGAAGUUACUAAGCGUAUCUCGCACCGAACUGGCGCUCGCAACAGGAGUAAUAUAGCAAUAAUGACUUUCCCCACAUCCGACCGAUCAAGUCUGGUACUUGAGAGCGGCUGAGACUCUACUUUCCCCUCAUUAGCAUUAG